CAGGCACCAAUGGUGAGAAACGGAUCAGUCACGUGACCAGGUGGACCAAUCGGACGGCCGAUCUGAGUUCACGGCAACCAUACGGAGCCAGUCGGACAUUUUCUGACAAGCGUAGAAAAACUUCUCGUCAACAGCAGCCGCCAUUUUACGUUAGCCGAUACUCGUGCGGUGCGGAACUCUCGCGAUCGCUUUUCCCGAGCGAAUUUCUGUGGCGCGCCGUGGCCGCCCCGGAACCGACGAAUUCCAUCGUCUUCGCCUCCUGGCGUCCGUGAUUGCCUCGAAUGUGCGGGGAAAGCGAACCGCGUUCGCGGUGAUCGUUCGCGCGCCCCGUGUCGCAGUGUGCCAAGGCGAGAGAGAAGAGGAGAGGAAGAUGGUGCCAGCGGGCCUCGAGAGCGAUAUCGUUGCUGUGAGCUAGCGCCGUGCGCGCAGCCAGUCCGCCACACUCGAGUGUUUGACGAGUCGUGUGCGAUCGACUAAACCGAAUACGACUACAUUAACGCGCUAAAAAACUCGUACGGUGGUGUGUGCGUUAUUAAUUCGAAUCUUCGAGCGGUGAGAAUUCUCAGGAUUGCUACCGCGACGAUAGUCCUGUGAUACAAUUUCUCCGGUCUGUACCGUGUUCGCGCGAGUGGCCCGUGCACCCGUCGUCGAAAACGGUUUACUGUGUGUGCGUGCGUGUGUGUGGGCUUUAGCGCGGGGUUCGACGUACCCCCGACGAUGCCCAAUGGUUGAUCGUGUACUGAAGCGUGCUCGGGGACGCUCCACGCGCCGCGGUUCUCAUUGUUAUUGUCAUGCCUGCGAAUAUGCCGAGAGGUUGGUGAGUUUUCACGGUUUCACCGAGCAGGAGGAGGAAGUAGCAGCAGCAGCAGCAGCAGCGGCAGCGGCAGCAGCAGCAGCAGGAGUAGCAGUGGCAACAGCAACAGCAGCGGCGGCAACAAAAACAGUAACAGCAGCAGCAGCAACAACAGCAGCAGCGGCAGCGAGAAACAGCGAUCUUCUAGUGGCGUAGUGCAGCGUUGUGGCCCGUGUGUGUACACCCGUGUAUACGUGCCUGCGUGCGUGCCUGUCUGCCUGCGUGCGUGCGUCGUGCGUGCGGUCGUCCCGACUUGCUGCCGCCGCCGCCGCCGCCGCUUACUUGGUACCAAGAGUAAACACAGUCUGAGACAACAAGGAAUAAUUAACCCUGAAAAGAAACCAUGGCCGACCACCUGGUGGACGGGCCGCCGAAUAAGCGGCCGAAACUCGGAGAUCCUUUUCAAGGAACUUCGGAUUCCGCGGUGGGUAUGGCGCCUCUAAUGAUGCACCAUGCUUAUACAAACUACGGGGGAGGUGGCAAUGGUAACAUACAACAAAUGCAGGGCCCGCCACAACAGCUACAUCUGCAACAGCAUCAGCUGCAGCCACAUUGGAACAACCAUACCAUCCAGAAAAGAAAUUACAUAACAAACACAGAUAUGUUUGAUCUUGAGAAUGAUCUCCCGGACGAUCUAUUGUCAUCCGCAUCUUGGGGUUCCGCUACUGAAAGUGCUAAACCACCGGCAACGGGUCCGGGGCCAGGGCAACAAAACGGUGCCCUUGAUUCAGAGCUGAGACAGCAUGUGCAGCAGCAACAACUUUCGCAUCAUUUGAUACAGCAGCAGCAGCAGCAACAGCAGCAGCAGGUUCGUAGGCGAACCGGCAACAAGAACUUGGUUUCUAAUUCUUUAGUUAUGGCUGCUGGAACUUUGGGUAACAAAAGUCCGAACAUGCAAUCUCCACCAAAUGUUUCUGUCUCCAAAGUAGUCGAUUCGCAAAUGGUCGUAAGCCUGGGAAAUUUACCAAGUAGCAUAGCCAGUUCUUUGGCAAAUAAUCAGAUGUCUAUUGCAAAUUCAAUGGGGAACCUUCAGUCGUCAAUGAGCAUGGCUGGAAGUAAUCCCACCAUGUCGAUGCCAGGUGGAAUAAAUUCUGGCUUAGUUAUGACCAGCAGUGCUAGUGGAAAUAACAAUAGUAUGGGCGGGAUGGCAGGAGGAAGUUUAAUAGUAACCAACAGUUUGAACAAACAACCUUUAAAUACCGUAACCAUGAUGGGUGGUCCGAACACUCAAGGAAUUCAUCAUCCCAGCGGACCGCAUGGAGUUGCUCAAAUGCAAAACGGACCUGGUAUAAUAAAUACCAGAGCUGUGGCGAUGCAGCAACAACAGCAGCAACAACAAGCUCACAUGGUUGGACCGGCAGCAAGGGGUCAAAGUCCUCAUCAAGUGCAUAAUGUCAAUCUCGUUGGUCCUGGACAAGGAGGUCCAAGGAUGCAAGCACCUCCGAAUAUGCCGAAUAUGCCGAACAUAGGACAAAUCGGUGCGUCGAGUCCCUACGGUUAUGGAUCUCCAGUCAGCGCGCAAGGGCCCGGAGUUGCCGUGUGUACCAAUAGUCCGGCUGGUGUUGUUACACCGCAACAGAAAGGAGUAGGAACAAGUAUGACUGCCAUGCAAGCUGCUGGUAGAUUUGGAGGAACCGCAGGCCCGAUCGGUUCGACAAAUGUCAUCGGCGGUGGUCAAGAAGGUGGAAUGGCCCAACAAGCUCAACCUCCUGCUCCGAGUCCAGCACAACCUCAGUCCGGUGCACCGAGCGGAGGUCAACCUGGCCCGCAACAAGCUACUCAGGGCCAAAUGCCCGGUACCGGUGCUCCGCCGACUGGUGCUACGAAAUCGACCGCUGAUCCAGAGAAACGCAAACUUAUACAACAGCAAUUGGUUCUCCUGCUCCACGCGCAUAAAUGUCAACGGCGUGAGAGUCAAGCAAACGGUGAUGUGUGGCAGUGUUCGUUGCCAGACUGUAAGACUAUGAAGAACGUGUUGACUCACAUGACCGCUUGUCAAGCGGGAAAAAAUUGUACGGUGCCGCAUUGUAGCUCUUCGCGACAGAUCAUUAGUCAUUGGAAACAUUGUGCCCGUAACGAUUGCCCCGUGUGCUUACCACUGAAGCAAGCGAACAAAAAUAAAACGACGAACGCUACCCCCGCGACUACGACGAAUAGUCAACCACCGAACAGUCAACCGAAUCCGAGUCAAACCGAGAUGAGGAGAGCGUACGACGCGCUCGGCAUUCCCUGUCCUACGACAACGGCUGGUUUGCCUUUGGUGGCUGGCCAGUGUGUUACCAGAAGGAUGCCGGCACCAGGUAUGCCGGGAGCACCUGGUGCGAUGGGAAACGUACGACUGGCUCAACCUCAAACUCAGGCUGCACCGGGUCAGUCAGCUGUGCUGGUUGGUGGCGGUGCUGCUGGCCAGCAGCAAGUGGUUGCACCGAACGUGUCUCUUCCGCUGAAUUCGGAUCCGAACACGGUUGGAGUAACUGGUGGCGGCGGCGGCGGUGGCGGUAGCGGUGGUAGUAAUCAAGCGACGCACACCAACGGGUCCACGCCUGCCGCAGCUGCGACUGCUGCGAACAUACAGCAGUCCGUUAACAUGCAGCAAUUAUUUGGUCUGAACGAUUCUGGACAAUUGAGCGUUUCGAACGAAAAUAAAUUAGCCAACCUCCAGCUUCCGGCUGGACUACAACCGAGCCAAGUAACGGCGACGUCGGUGCAAGAAUCGAAAGAUUGGCAUCAAACCGUUACACCAGAUCUUCGAAAUCAUCUCGUUCAUAAAUUGGUACAAGCAAUAUUUCCGACUCCCGAUCCGCAGGCUAUGCUCGACAAAAGAAUGCACAAUCUUGUCGCGUACGCGAGAAAAGUGGAAGGCGACAUGUACGAAAUGGCCAAUUCGAGGUCCGAAUAUUAUCAUCUGCUUGCCGAGAAGAUAUACAAGAUUCAAAAGGAAUUGGAGGAGAAACGACAAAAGCGAAAGGAACAACAGCAGCAGCAACAGUUACAAGCCCAGCAACAACAGCAACAACCUCAACCGACCGGAACUGCAGCUCCGAGCUUAAGGCCCUGCGCUCCGCCUACCGUGGGUACGGUACCACCGUCCCGACCGAUCGGAACAGUUACCCCUAGUCUGCGUAGUCACUCGCCGAGCCUGGGUCAACUGGGCGCUUUGCCCGCGAUAAGCAUUCCGCACAAUAGAAUGCAGUUUACUCAGCAGCAACAGCAGCAGCAACAAACGCAACAACCUCAAGUGCAGGUGCAAGCGCAAACGAAUGUCCAGGCGCAGGUACAGGCUCAAGCCCAAGUUCAAGUUCAGCAACAAAUGCAGCAGCAGCAACAAGGAAUUUUAGUUGGCCCACCGGGUCCUAGUCCGAAUGGACAGUCAACGACUUCGAAUCCCAACGUUGUUCCAAACCCUGGACUCAGUCCUUUUGGGCAGCCGCAAAUGUCACAAGCCAGUUUAACGACGACCACCACGUCCGCGACAACUAGUCAAUUCCAAACCUCGAACGGUACUUCCGGCUUAUCUAACAGUUCUCCUGUGCAAAAUCAACAUCUAGUUAGAUUGGCUCAAGCUCAAGCGGCUAUCGUGCAUCAACAGCAUCAACAACAACAACAGCAGCAGCAGCAGCAGCAAACUUCGUCGCAAUCUCAGUCGCAACCGCAACAGCAACCGAGUCAAACGCAACCACAGCAACCUACGAGCAGUUCGAAUCAAAGCGCAACGACGACCUCGCUGCCGCAAGCGCCGUCACCUUUCAGCGGCAUUCAGCAGCAGAGUCAAAAUCAACAGAGUCAAUUCAACAAUAGUCGACCUCUGUCGGUUUCGACGUCUAGCGACAAUGGCAUCGGGGGCACCUCGACCCCUCAAACGAUUCCAGCUCCCGCUUCCAGCAGUGGGCCUAGUCCACCCGGCCCAAUUACGGCAACGGUUAAUGGACCUCAAUCCGCGACUUCCACACCCAAUACGCCGUUAGUUCCUUCGUUAAUGACUACUCCCUCGAAUCAGACGGUUUCUUCCGCGAAUCAAACGCCACCUCAUCCCGCUACGACGCCUUCUUCUGCUGCUGGACUCGCGAGCCUCGGGAAGGGCAUGACGUCUCAGGAGAGAGCAGCAUUAAACGCGCCGAGAACUUCGUCGAUAUCUUCGCAAAUGGCUGCUAUCACAGCUGCAUUGGAUCGUGAUAAUUCUCCUAGUCCACCGAUGAAUAACAAUAAGGGAAAGCUGGAUUCGAUCAAGGAAGAAGGCAUGAAGAUGGAAAUAAAGACGGAGGACGGUUCCGAGAACGGUCACAGGAUGAUGGAUGGUGGUGGUAAAGGCGUAAACAACGAAGUGCCGCUUAAAACGGAGAUAAAAACGGAGCCAAUGGAUGAAGGGUCCGGCAGCGAGGGUAUCGUGAAAGAAGAAUCCUCUUCUGCUGGUGCUGGUAUAAAGGAAGAGCCCGUGACGCCGAUGUCCAGCCAGGAUGCAACGCCGGAUAUCAAACCCUUGGUUCCCGAACCGAUACAACCGAGCGGGACAUCGACAGACAAGAAACGAUUGUGUCUGUUCAAACCCGACGAGUUGCGGCAAGCGUUGAUGCCAACGUUGGAAAAACUUUAUCGGCAAGAUCCGGAAUCCAUACCGUUCAGGCAGCCCGUCGAUCCUCAAGCGCUUGGAAUUCCAGAUUACUUCGAUAUCGUUAAAAAACCGAUGGAUCUCUCCACGAUCAAAAGGAAAUUGGACACGGGACAAUACAGUGAUCCGUGGGAAUAUGUUGACGACGUAUGGAUGAUGUUUGACAACGCGUGGCUGUACAAUCGUAAAACGUCACGCGUUUACAGAUAUUGUACGAAGCUUUCCGAAGUUUUCGAGCAAGAGAUCGACCCUGUGAUGCAAGCUUUGGGAUAUUGUUGCGGGAGGAAAUACACGUUCAAUCCGCAAGUGCUGUGUUGUUACGGGAAACAACUGUGUACGAUACCAAGGGACGCAAAGUACUACUCCUAUCAGAACAGUAGUCUAAAGGCAUAUGGUCUUGUUUCCGACAGAUACACCUUCUGUCAGAAAUGUUUCAACGACAUUCCUGGCGACACUGUGACAUUAGGAGAUGAUCCGACGCAACCACAAACUGCCAUUAAAAAGGAACAGUUCCAGGAAAUGAAGAACGACCAUUUGGAAUUGGAGCCUUUCGUCGUCUGUACAGAUUGCGGUAGAAAGGUGCAUCAGAUUUGCGUGCUUCAUAUGGAAGCGAUUUGGCCAUUAGGAUUUACUUGUGAUAAAUGUUUGAAGAAAAAAGGGCAGAAGCGUAAGGAGAAUAAAUUUAAUGCUACACGUCUGCCGGUUACUAAGUUAGGUACCUAUAUCGAAACGCGCGUAAAUAAUUUCCUGAAGAAGAAAGAGGCUGGUGCCGGGGAGGUAGCGAUCAGAGUCGUGGCGUCUAGCGACAAAGUCGUCGAAGUGAAGCCAGGAAUGCGAAGUAGAUUCGUAGAAAAUGGCGACAUGCCUGGCGAAUUUCCGUAUAGAGCUAAAGCUUUGUUCGCAUUCGAGGAGGUCGACGGCACGGACGUAUGUUUUUUUGGCAUGCACGUGCAGGAAUACGGCAGUGAAUGUACACCUCCCAAUACUCGAAGAGUUUACAUUGCCUAUUUGGAUUCUGUUCACUUUUUCCGGCCUAGACAAUUCCGAACAGCGGUGUAUCAUGAAAUUCUUCUUGGUUACCUCGACUACGCGAAACAACUUGGAUACACGAUGGCCCACAUAUGGGCUUGUCCGCCUUCCGAAGGAGAUGAUUACAUUUUCCACUGCCAUCCCCAAGAACAAAAGAUUCCAAAGCCUAAGAGAUUGCAGGAGUGGUAUAAGAAGAUGUUGGACAAGGGCAUGGUCGAAAGAAUCGUGCUCGAUUACAAAGAUAUUUUAAAACAAGCGAUGGAAGAUAAGCUUUCGUCGGCAGCCGAUCUACCUUAUUUCGAGGGUGAUUUCUGGCCGAACGUUUUAGAAGAAAGUAUCAAGGAAUUGGAUCAAGAAGAGGAAGAAAAACGCAAACAGGCAGAAGCCGCGGAAGCUGCCGCUGCCAACGCGAUUUUCUCGAUGUCCGAAGACUCUGAAACGGGGCCGGACGGCAAAAAGAAGGGGCAGAAGAAAGCCAAAAAAUCGAACAAAUCCAAAGCAAAUCAAAGAAAAAAUAGUAAAAAGUCUAAUACUCCUCAGACAGGAAACGACCUUUCUGCAAAAAUAUUUGCAACUAUGGAGAAACAUAAAGAAGUAUUCUUUGUUAUUAGGUUGCAUAGCGCACAAAGUGCAGCCAGUUUAGCACCUAUUCAAGACCCCGAUCCUGUUAUUAACUGUGACCUUAUGGACGGACGCGACGCUUUUCUCACAGUGGCUAGAGAAAGACAUUAUGAAUUCUCUUCCUUGAGACGUGCGAAAUUCAGUUCCAUGUCUAUGCUGUACGAAUUGCAUAACCAAGGCCAAGACAAGUUUGUGUACACUUGUAACAAUUGCAAGAGUCAUGUAGAGACGAGAUAUCAUUGUACGGUGUGUGACGACUUUGAUCUGUGUAUAAGCUGUAAAGAGAAGGAUGGUCAUCCUCAUCACAUGGAGAAACUUGGUUUAGAUUUGGAUGAUGGUUCAUCGCCGGUCGAUGCUAAGCAAGCUAAUCCACAGGAGGCACGUAAGCUUU